UAUAAUCAUCCGAUAUCCGACACACCGUGCCGCCAUCUAGGGGUUCAUCCUUGCUAGGAUCGUGAGACAAUUGACAAGCCGCAUCUCACCUCUACCAUAACAGUGUCGCUGCAGAUCAGGGGGCCUUCCCUUUACAGCGAAUUUAGUUAACGAAUUUGGGAUUUUUCGAAACACGAUAUACUAUCAUACUUCGUCCCUGCACACGCCUUACGCGAUCAAGGCAACUCGAGUUUCCGUCUCUACUGUUACUAUUCCUGUCUACCCUGCUGGCCUCCGAUUCCUUCGUUCGGAGUCGCUAUCUAGAAGUCGGACGGACCUCAAAGUAACAAAUCGACAAAAUACCCGGAUCAUCCGCCUCGAGUACCGAGGACAAACCGCUUCGGCUUCGUUUCUGUAUCCAAACAUCGGUGACGCAUACACAAUCGCUUUGUGUACAUACGCUUGGGCACCGUUAAAAACAAUAAUUUAAUCGACUACCUCUUCCGCGCUAUUUUAUUCUGAGCCGACUACUCGAUGCUCGAUCAUGCGAUCAUGACCUACGGUGGAGGACACUUAGACGGGGUUGACCUCGCACUUCCGAGUCCUGGAUCACCGCCCGGCAUGACUUCGUCCGCUAUUACUUCCAGGGCCUCGUCUGUACGAUCAUUUAACUCGGACGAUGGCGAAAACGGCCUUACUGCAGACGUUGCUAAUUUCGAGGAGAUCGGCCUCGAUGACGAUGUCACCUCAAUUGACCAUUCCCAUUUCCGCGACACUCACGCCAAGUCGGCUCCGAAUCCUUAUAGCAUCUCCUUUGCCUCCGACCUUCGUGCCUCUGUGAAGCAUGUCGGCCCCAAGAUCCAUCCUCAGACUCGUGAUCUAGCUCGCCCGCGACCGCAAUUGCGCACCAUUCAGUCCUUUUCAGGUUCUCGUCCCGGAGCCUCAACACUGACCCCGCAGUUUCGCGAUACUAGUACCCGUAAUGUUAGCACAGGCAUUGGUCCCGAACCCCAAGCAGGCCCAUUACCAGCGCGAGGUCUAUCGGUACGAUCUGCUUCCUCCAUGACCAUACCCCGUCGCCGACGAAGCCCUAGCUCCAAUGUUUCAGCCCGAUCACUUAGCCCUGGAGAAAAUAAUCUAGUAGUGCCCAAGCUACGACGGAGCAGUUCGCAGACGGGCCGGGCACCAAAGUCGGCAAUUGAUUUAGAAAAAGAAUGCGACGACGACGACGAUGAUAUUCCCGACGAUCUUAUACUCGAUAAUGUCCCUCUAUCGCCUCGUCCCCCUAUGGAGCGGUCGGCUAGCCGUCCAGGGUCGACUUCAAACUCUCCUGAAAGACGAACAAAAGAACGUAUUCGUAGCGUGGGCAAUGGCACGCCGCCGGUUGCGGUCCAUCAAGGCUGUCUAAAAUCUCCGACAUGGAGAAUGGACUCUUCGCCGUCCACGGAUUCGCUACGAUCGUCGGUGUCUUCGUCGGCCAAGGGUCGUGCCAAGAGCUGGACUGCUGCUAUUUCGGAACUUAGCCCUGAAGCGAAGGCCCUCACCGAGAAAUUGGAAGAGCAUGCAGAUGAGCUUGAUAAGCAUGGCGUUUGCAAUUCGACGUAUGUCCGUCCGGCGCCAAAACCGCGGGUGAAAUCAGCGCUUGCCGAACUGCCUCCUCUCAGGCGGACUAAUAUUAUGAUUGACCCUCUACCCAUCUCUAAGGAGAAGGAGGCAGUUCUCUCGCGAACAAGACCGUCUUGGCUACCGCCAAAGGAUCCUGCAGAAGAGAAGAAACACCUCAGAGAAUAUCAGAGGAUGAUGGUAAAUAGUAUCGAGGCGGACAAGAAGCGAGAGGCUGCAAGGAAGGAGAAGGAACGUAACAAGGACAAUGUUGCCAAGGCACUCAUGCAAGUGUGGGAAGAUGACGUCUUGAAAAGAUGGGACGUUGCUAUUCGCGAGCGACGAACUCGGGAGUUGUGGUGGAAAGGCGUAGCACCCCGAAGUCGAGGUGCUGUGUGGUCUCGCGCUAUAGGAAAUCAGCUGGAGUUAACCGAGACGUCGUUCCAGGCAGCCUUAGCAAGGGCGCGCGAGGUUGAGGAGCGCUCUGCAAAAGGAAAGCCCGAAACUGAGGAUGAACGCAAGAUGGGCUGGUUUGCGCAAAUUCAAGCGGAUGUGGAGGAGCAGACUUGGGUUGACCUGAAGAUCUUUCAAGCCGGUGCUCCCUUACACAAGAGUCUCAUCGAUGUCCUUCGCGCGUACGCUAUGUACCGGAGCGAUAUCGGUUACGUAUCCGGUUGUAAUACCACUGCGGCAAUACUCUUGCUCAACCUUCCUACGCCUGCUGCGGCUUUUAUCGCCCUAGCCAAUGUUCUGAACCGUCCUCUUCCCUUAUCUUUUUACGCUUCUGACGUAGGAGCCAAGACGUCUACAUUCAACCUGCUUCUUCAGACUCUAGCUACGAAAUCGCCGCGACUCCACGAACAUCUCACCAACCAAGAGCUUGGCCUCGAGCCCGAUAGUUAUCUAGGUGACAUAUUUACGUCUUGCUUUACGCGCAGCUUUAGUCUUGACGAAUGCACUCGGAUAUGGGACGUGUACGUCUUUGAAGGAGACGCGGUCCUAGUCCGUGCGGCCGUCGCCUUGCUGUUGGAUACAGAGGCAUCUCUACUCAGUGCUAAAACUACUGCGGAAAUCCGGAAGGUCUUUGAGACUAGAAGCAGACCGGACCAGCAGGAGAGAGUUGAUUCGUGGAUGGCCAAAAUUCGAGACGCCGGAAAGUCCUAAACGAGUUUUAGAGCAGAGUGUUCUUAAAUCAUUCUCCAUCUGUCUCCCUGCUCGCAUUAUCCUAGCCGUCACAUUAUUGUCUACAUACUACAAGGCGUAUUGAUAUUGAGCAAAUCUAUUGUGUAUAUUUUGGACUUGACAAGAGAUGUCAGGAUAGCUUUGCCACGAUCCAUUCCUUAUGUCUUGUUAACCUGUCCUUCGGUGAAAAGGCGAGCAUGGAGCACA